AUGGACCCAGUACCCAAGACUUCCGUUCUCUCCGAAGAACAAUCACGACCCGACUCGGCAGAGAGUAGUCCGAGUCGGACAGAAAAGGAAGUCACAAAACAACCACCGCCGCUGACAGCAAAAUUGACAGCCAUUCUGUUGAUAUCAUGUAUCAGUUUUGGGUCUCAUUGGUACUCCGGUGUUACCGGUGCUAUGAAGAGUACACUUAAGAAGGAAUUGGGUAUCUCGAAUACACAAUUCUCCCUCCUAGAAGCCAGUGAAGAUUUCAUGGCGACGGUCCUCUUACCCUUCAGCGGUCUAAUUACCGAUCGUUUUGGAGGAGUCAAUAUGAUCGUAUACGGCAAUAUAAUCUACACCCUCGGCUCAAUCCUGGUCGCAGCAGCGGCAACAGUCGAGUCAUACAAAUUCAUGAUUGUCAGUCGCAUUAUUCUUGCCUUUGGCGAUAUCGCCACCCAAAUUGCCCAGUAUAAGAUGUUUUCGUCUUGGUUUCCGCCGAAUAAUGGGUUUGCGUCUACGGUGGGGUUCGAGCUUGCUAUUGGAAAGCUGGGAGGUUUUGCGGGACAGUGGACGGCCAAUAUCAUUGCUAAAAACACCGGCCACUUCUACUGGACCUUCUGGGUCGCCGUCUUCAUGAACCUAUUCACAAACGCAUCCACGGCUUUGUUCUGGAUUUUCAGUCGCUACUGUGAAAAGCGCUAUAUCGGUCGACGCGACAUGUCAACAAAUGAACAUCUGACCGAAAAGAAUAGAAGCUUUGAGCUGAAGAAAGUUUUCCAACUUCCCUGGUCGUACUGGGCUGUUUUGUCUUUCUCGUGGUUUCAGACUAGUACUGCCAUUGUGUUUAGUCAAAACUCUACCGAGCUGGCUGAGAAGAGAUUCAACGUUGAUGCAAUCAAGGCGGGUUGGUAUAGUGCUUUGAGUAAAUACACAGGAUUUUUCUUGGUCCCGUGUUUAGGAGUCUUUAUUGACAUACUCGGCAACAGAGCCUCAGUUAUGUGCGUUUGCGGAACUGGAAUGCUUCUCUGCAUGUGUCUAGUCAAUUUUGCCGACACAGCAGCCGGCACAGCAGCGUCCUUCGGUAUCUACGCUGUCGCCUCAUCCCUAGGACCCGUAUCGAUCAUCGACAGCAUCCGCGCAGUUCUAUAUCACCAAUCAGUAUUUGGAUCUGCCUAUUCCCUCAAGGUCACCAUGAACAAUGCAAUGAACAUCAUCGUCAGAAUCAUCACCGGUGCCCUCCAGGACGCAGACCAUGAUUCUUACCGCCGAGCUGUGAGAGUUUACCUCUUCUUGGCUGCAGCCUCGGUUGUAGUUGGGUUGACUCUGCUCAUUGGCUCAUUCUUCACCAGCUCACUUGCCGUGCUGCAGUGGACGAGAAAGUAUCGUCUCAAAGAGGGUGGAGCCAUCAUCACUUUGCUCAAGGAAAGAAGCGAAACGUUACACUUGGCAAGAAACCGGAGGGCCUCAGUUGCAUGUUUUGGGAUGCUAUCGUUGCUGAUAGUGGGUAGCUGGGUGGCAUAUGUGUGGGGGGCCGUGACAGGGCAUAAUUAA